ACUAGGGUUGAUUUUCCAUGUCUCCAAAAUCAAAGUUUUGGGGUAAGAAAGGCUUCUUCAAGGGGAAGAAGGGGAAGAAGCGCAAGAGGUAUGGAUCCCCUUCCAAACAGAAAGACUCACCAUUGCACCGUGGUUUUAAGCAGCACGAAUCCUCUAAUUUUGUGGAAUCUGCUGGUCAAGGAGAUGUAGAAGCUGUUACUCCUGCUACUUGCUCUAGCACAAAGACUGAGUCACGUGACAUGAGGCAGAGGGAUGACGAGAGUCAUCCCUCGGCUUCUCGACCUAGUGGCAGUGGUGCACAUCCUAGAGACCCUAGACCCCAGUUCUGGGAAGCUGCUAAGAAGGCCUCUUCUCUUUGUUUGCCCUCUAAGAGGCCCAUUCAUGUUACGCUGUCUCAUCCCGAAAGGGAGAGUUUCGAGGGAUGGAGGCCACUAAAAAAGACCCGUCCUGGAAGCUUCUACUCGCAAAGCCACAGAAAGAAUGGGAGCCAAGAGACCACGGGUAAGAAGCCCAGGCUGAGUUGGGGUGAUGGACUUGCUAAAUUUGAGAAAACCCAAACUAAUGAUGUGAGUGCAAACAAAGAUGGUGAUUUCUUCAACCCCAACUUGUUGGUGGAGAAAACUACAAGUGCUACAGGUUUUGCAACUCCAUCUUUUGGUGCCUUCACAGGUGUGGGUGAUAUGAUGAGUGUAAGAGCUGCAAAUGUGGGCAACAGUGAUGGAAAUUUGGUUGGUUCACCUUGUCUAGGGUCACAAAAUCAAGGGCAGGGAAUUUUGGAGAGGAUAGAUGCCAACUCUUUUACCAGUUUGAGUUCUUCACUUGCUGAGUUGCUAGAGUCUGUUGAUCCGAGCUCUGAGGAUUAUAGUCUAGCAAGAUCCACUGCAAUGAAUAAGUUGGUGAUCUGGAAAGCUUUCGUGACAAACGUAUUGGAGGUGACUGAAACUGAAAUUGAUUCACUUGAAAAUGAACUGAAAUCAUUACAAUCUAAAUCCAGGGAUAGGUUGCCAUGUUCAGUAGCAACUAGCUCCCUAUUGGUAUGUCACAGUGCAAUGUCAAGUAAUCAAGAUAUUGGAAGAUCUGAUAUGGUUACUGGUUCAAAGCCAUUGCAAAUUGCUCCUUUGGAAUCUAACCUAGUCAAUGUGCAGAAGCUGCCUCUUUCUACUAACUUGCAUGGCAUGCAUAGCAAUAGCAAGGAAGAUAAUAUUAACAAUUUGGGAAUAGCAACAUCAAAAAUUUUAGAUGCCCCACUCUUGAUUAAAGCAGUAUCUUCAUGUGAUACAACAAGUACUUGCUCCAAAGACUUGGGUAGAAUUCAGUCUGCAACCAAGAAAUGCUUUGUCCCAUAUACAUAUGGACAAGUUGCUUGUGUAUCUUCUUGUGGUGAUGGUAAUUCAUCUUCAUCAAUGAAUACUGAAGAUGUGAUGAAUGCUAACCCUAGUGCCAGCUUUUAUUUUGGUACUGAAAAUACUUUAUAUGAUACAAUUAUUUCUUCCAAUAGAGAAUCUGCAAAAAGAGCAUCUGAAGCAUUUGCUAUGUUAUUGCCUAAAGAAUGUGGUAAGAUCAGCAAUGUUGGUGUUUGCAGCAGCUCACUCUCAAAUAAUGAUGCAUUCAUUAAGGAAAAGCUUGCAGAGAGAAAAAGGUUUGAAAGAUUUAAGGAGAUGGUUUUGACAAUUAAAUAUAAAGCCUUCAAUCACCUGUGGGAAAAAGAUCUAUGCUUACGAUCUACGAGGAAGUGCCCCUCAACAUCUCACAGUAAUCUUGAAUUGGAUCUGCAAACUAUCAGUAAGGGUUGUAAGAAGAACCGAUCCUCUAUGCGUCAUCGUUUUCCUUUCCCAGGGGGAAAACAACUAAGCUUGGUUCCAACAUCUGAGAUGAUAAGUUAUACAAGUCAGUUGCUUUCAGAAAUAUCCCAUCAUGAAGUUAACGAAAACAUCUUGAAGAUGCCAACAUUAAUUUUGGAUAAAAGGGAUAAAAUAUUUUCAAUGUUUACAUCUAGUAAUGGGCUGGUAGAUGAUCCAUUGACUAUUGAGAAAGAAAGAUCUAUGAUCAACCCUUGGACAUUUGAAGAGAGAAAUAUUUUCUUGGAGAAAUUUGUAGCAUUUGGAAAAGAUUUUCGAAAAAUUUCUUCUUUCCUUGACCACAAGACAACUGCGGACUGUGUUGAAUUCUACUACAAAAAUCAUAAGUCUGAUUUUUUUGAGAAAACAAAGAAAACAAAGGCUAGUAAGUACCGGAAGUUGCGUACAACCAAAAAUAGCUUGAUGGCAUCAAGUAAAAAAAGGAAUCGUAAGGAGAAUGUUGAUUCACUUCAGAUUUUGAAUGAAGCUCCAGUGAUGGCACGUCGCACUCAAGGAAAUCGAAGAACACGUCCAAGAAAACCCCGUCUUUGGAAGGGAUGUGAUAAUAUGAAAAAAUUAACAGGUGGUGACAGGAUCACUGAGAGAUCAAGUCUUGAUGUUCUUCAAGAUGAAAGAGAGAGAGUUGCAGCUGAUGCAUUGGUUAGUUUAUGUGAUUCUCGUUCAUCUAGUAAGGCUGUCAUAACAAGAUCAGUUGAUCCCGUGGAAGCUAUCAGGGACAAGCCGUGCUUGAAAAUGAGGAUUCAAUGCCAACAACCUGUGAUGUCUCAGCCUGAUGUUACUCAGGAUAUUGAUCAUGGAACUCGUUAUGAUGAGGGAUGCGGUGAAAUAGAUGAUUCUGAUUGGACAAAUGAGGAGAAGGCAACCUUUCUUCAAGCUGUAUCAUCUUUUGGAAAAGAUUUUACAAUGAUUGCAAAACAUGUAGGGACAAAGUCCAAGGAUCAGUGUAAGAUAUUUUUCAUCAAGGGUAAAAAAUGGCCAGGAUUAAAUCUCAUGCACCACAAACCAGACUAUAAUGUAUCUCCAGUGAAUGAUUUAAAUAGUGGGAGGAAUGACAAAGAUGAUGGGUGUGUUGUGGUGGCAGAUACAAUCAUUGGUAGUGAUAAGUCAGGCACCAAAACAAAUGGAGACGAGCCUUCAUCUUCCAUGAACUUGAACGAUGAUGAAUCCAAACCUGCGGAAGCUGAGAAUUUGUCAACCGACAUAAAUGAAUCAAAGGAACUAGAAGCGGAAGUAGAUCAUGAGGAUGGAAACAUGGCUUCUAAUUCAUGCGCCUUAAACAGUGAGUCAGCUUCAGAAAAAACACCUAGGAAUGUUGUGUUAAAAUUGUUUGGAAAGACAAUAACCAUUCCUUUAUCUUCCCAGAAGUCUGAUUUAGUUUCCUAGGGAAACGAAGAAAAUGGUACCCAUCACCCCAAAUUUACUGGUUGUCAGAAUGCUGAUGAAAAGUUGGCUCUUGGAUGCUUGAUUAUAAUGAUUAUUAAGGCCUCGUAAAUGUUCCCAUUGUGAGACAU